AUGUCGUUAUUUACAAAACAUGAAUAUCAGCAUGAUUUAAUUAAACAGUUAUUAAUAGCAAGUCAGCUAAUAAUUUUUAUUCGAUUUAUUAAAGAUCGUUCGGUUUUAUUAGCAUGUAUCAAUCUUUCCAUCCUUGGAAUAAUUAUGCUUAUAUCACAAAUUAUUGACCACCAAUAUGAGCUUAGUAAUACAACAACAAAUGUAUUAACUUCAAUAUCACAUUUAUCAUCCGAACCUGAUCAUAUUGUUGUACGGAAUACAGUAAAUAAAUUAAUGGAUAAUUUACAAACAAUGAUAUUAUUCCAAAUGUUAUAUUCAAAUUGGUAUCAUUGGUCAAUAACAUAUCAGAAUCCAGAAAUUAGAUAUAAGACAAUUUUUUUAUUUUUAAUUGAUGAUUGGUUUUCAUUAAAUUCAUAUCCAACAUUGUUCUCCAUAGUAUUAGAUAUAUCAUUAUUAAUUAUACAACUAAUAAUGAUCAAUAUUCAGAAUAAUCGUAUAUUUGUAACAAAUACUGAAACUUCAAACGAUCAUCAAGAUAAUCAAACGGUAUUAGCCUUUUUAACAAACAGUUACUAUGAUUCAUAUCAUCAUGAUUCAAUAAUAUCAACCACUACAAGGGAACCUACACAGGAACCAUUGCUCCAAGAACAUACUGACCCACCAGUAGCCAACUAUGGCACAACAACAAGUUAA